UAUAUACUCCCUCUUAAAAUUCAAAAUUAUCAGACCCGCUUCUGCUCUGACUGUCAAAGUCGAAUAGAAGCGAGAGGGAAGAUGGCAGAAAUGGAGAUUAAGACUCUACCACCAUGUCCGAGCACGGUAACCGUCCGUCGAAAUCCUCAUCGAAGGGCUAGACCUACACCUCCUGUAAACUUCACCCCUUCGUCAAUUUCAAAAUCAAACAAACAAGACAUUCCUUCAUUUCCAAUCGAGGACAUUCUAUCAAUCGAAGUUCCUCAACCAGAACCAACCCUAGCCCCGCCAGUUUCUGAGAAUCUUAAAGUCUUUCUCAGAAUUAAACCUUUACGGCCUCUGAAAUCCCCUCCCAGAGAUCAAAGUCUCAAGCUGAGACACAAAAGUGCUUGGCCUCAAGCAAAGAAGAAUAGCAUAAGAGAGAACAAUAAUAAUACUACAAAGAAGAAAAAAAACAAUGAGGUCUGUAUAUCAGUCAACGGUUUUCAAUCGGUGACUUUAUCACCACCCUUAGCUUUACAGGAAUCGAAAAGGAUCAAGUCCGUGGUAUACGAAGGGUUUUCACAUGUUUUUGCCUCUGAUUCUUCUCAGAAUGCAGUGUAUGAUAAGAUGGUGAAGCCCUUGGUAGAUGAUUUUCUCAAGGGUAAAAGCGGAAUGUUAGCUGCAUUGGGACCUAGUGGUUCAGGAAAGACUCACACUGUGUUUGGGACGGUGAAGCAGCCUGGAAUGGUUCCACUUGCACUUCAACAUAUUUUUAAGCAGAACCAGGCUAGUGGCUCUGCGUUGUCAAGGUCAUUCUACAUAUCAAUUUUUGAAAUAUAUUCUGAAGGAGGGAAGGUCGAGAGAAUGUUUGAUUUAUCUCCAGAUGGAGUUGACUUGUCCAUGCAGCAGUCAACUAUUAAAGGUCUCCAAGAGAUUCCAAUUACUGAUGCUGCACAGGCAGAAUCCUUGAUUGCUUCUGCAAUGUUAAAACGAGCAACUGCCAUGACAAACACAAAUAGCCAAUCGAGCCGGUCCCAGUGCAUCAUCAAUAUCCAUGGUCUUGUUGACAAAUGCAAUAGAGAAGUAGAUGUUCAACCAAACAAUGCUGUCCUAACUAUUGUCGACCUGGCUGGAGCUGAGAGAGAAAGGAGGACAGGGAAUCAGGGCUCCAGAUUGCUUGAAAGUAAUUUCAUCAAUAACACAUCUAUGGUUUUUGGUCUGUGCCUAAGAUCCCUACUGGAGCACCAAAAGAAUCCCAAGAAGCCAUUGCAGAAGCACUUCCAGAAUUCUUUGUUAACUAGGUAUUUGCGAGACUAUUUGGAAGGCAAGAAGCGGAUGGCUCUGAUUUUAACGGUAAAACCAGGAGAAGAGGACUAUCUUGAUACAGUUUACCUCCUGAGACAAGCUUCACCUUAUAUGAAAAUCAGGUUCAAUAAUGUUGAGGAACAACCGAAUUCAGUUCAUCAGAAGAGGCAAAUUCAAUUGUUGUCUAUAAUCGAAGAGCCCAGGAAAAAGAAAUGUUGUGGCAUUGAUGGUCAUGUGAUUGAAGAAGGACAAAGCACUGCAAAUCAACAUUUGCAUUUGGAGGAAGUGACAGAUGCCCCAAGAAUUACUAAGUUGGACUCUGUUGAAAUUGCACCUGUAAAGUCAGAUUGUAAUGAUUUGGCAAUGAGGGAGAGAAACCAUAAAAUUAUGCAAAGUUUUGCCAAAGCAUUAUGGAAUGUCUUGAAGGAAUACAAAGGAAAACUCAUGGUAGCAGAAAAGACAAUUGAGAACCUUAGAAGUGAAAAGUCAAAAUAUCUUGAGCUGGAGCAGAAGCUUGAGGAUUUCAAGUCAUGUUGUACUUGUUCACAGAAAAAUUCAGCGAAGACUACCUUUCAUAAAGUGGAAAAUGGCAAUGAUGUCCCAGUAUAUCUAGAGGGAAAUGAAUGUAGCAAUGUUGAUGAGAUCAAGAUGCUCGAUGAAUUCAAGUGCUAUAACUCUCCUACAAUGUGCAAUCUGGAUCAAGACUUAUUAUCCCAGAUGAAUGCCGGCGUCUGUGUUGUGAACCCUGAGGCAUCUGAGUGCAAUAGCACUUGUUCAAAACGUGACUCUAGUCCAGAAUGGGAUAAAGAUCUAUUUUCUCAGAAAGAUCAGCACAGAGCUUGUUGUCAGGUGGAAGUGAGCAGUAAUUCUCCUGACCUCAAGCCAUCUGAAUUUACCAUUAAUCCUAGAGGCGAUCAGGACGUUACAAGCCAGACGGAUGGGAAUGUCCCUUCUUCAGACCUUGAGGAAUCUAAAUGCUAUAGCACUCCGAGAUAUGAUCAGGAGAUUUUGACUCUGACGAAUGUGAAUGUUUCUUCUCCCAACCUCAAGGAAUUUGAAUGCAGUAGCACGCCAAGAUGUAAUCAGGAUAUUUCAUAUCUGACGGAUGUAAAUGUUCAUCCUUCAGAACUUAAAGCAUCUCAGUGCAGUAGCAUGCCAAGACAGGAUCAGGAUCUUUCAACAAUGACGGAUGUGAAUGUUCCUUCUCCCAACCUGAAGAAAUUUGAAUGCACUAGCACUGCAAGAUCUGAUCAGACGGAUGUGAAUGUUCAUUCUUCAGACCUGAAGGCAACUAAAUACAAUAGAACGCCAAGGCAGGAUCAGGAUUUCCUGACUGAGAAACCAUUGGAUCUACCACAAUCACACAAAAAUGAUGUUGAGUGCAACCUUGACGUGCCGGAUACUGAAGUUUUAUCAAACACUUCAAGCAAAUCAUUGAAUUUGAAGAAACCGAAGAGGAGACUUCUGCCUGCCUCAUCUGUAUUACUAAGGGACAUAACUGCUCUUGGGAUUGAGAAUGAACCCGAAAAAUCAAAAGGAAAUAGAGGCGGAAAUAAAUUGGCCGCCGUUGAAAGAACUCAGGGAAGCAGCUCUCUCCUGCGUUUGCUUCAAAGCAAUCUCCGCCUGUAACAUGUAUGCGAGGAGGUUGGGUGUUGUUUCUGGGCCUCAGUUUAUAUGGAAAUUGGCUGUAUAAAUGGGCUUGUUCUGAUGGCUUUAUCCAGCAUUGGCUCAGUGGCAGUUGACCUAACAUUUGACUGCCCAGACAUGCAAAUUAUCUUCUUUUACUGAGGCAACUUUUCCAAAAGGGCUGCUUCGGUGAUUCAUCUGUGUAUACUUAAAUAUAAAUAUGCUCUCUUGUCAAUGACGAUUAUCAGUUGAACCUUGACUUCAAAUUCAUUCACCCUGAAACUUUGAAUAGUGGGGAAGUUUUGGGAAGAGAUGUAGAUAAACAAUAAACACGAGGUUGAACGAGUAAAAUUAAAGUGAAAGA